AUGUCCCAAACUGUUACUUCCGCUCGCUCGCAGUUAACUACGAUCGUGGGAGAUCGGUCUUUGGACGUUGCUGAUCUCGACGUCAUCCAGCUGGAAAGACUUGUUGCAACGGACCCCGUUGAAACGGCCAAGCUUUUGAAGGCGGCCGAAUCUCAGGGAUUCUUCUACGUCGCUUUCAACGAUGAUCUCUCGGCAAAGAUCGCGGGUUAUCUGCAAAAUAGCUACAAGAAUUGCCAUGAGUUCUUUUGCAAGCCUCUAGACGAGAAAAUGAAGGCUUUCCGAGACGGUGUGGACAAUGGCUACAAAAAAGCAGGCAUCGAAUCAUUCGAAAUCCCUCGAGACGAACAGAACAGCUUCACUUUACCAGCCCCGUUCGCUGCAGACGCCGCGCCGACCUUGGAUUUUCUCAACAUCUGCGACGGCAUAACACGGGUUGUUCUUCGUAGCCUUUCUGAAAGCCUCGGACCGAAUGAGCUCUCAGUCCUAGAGAAUGCUCACCGCCCCGAUGGACACAGCGAUUCCGGACUAAAGUUUGUCUCUGGGCCAACCAAAGCAUUCAUUGCUAAUGUACCCGACACUACCCACACCGAUGGUGGCUCGGUCACCUUACUCUGGUGCGAAAAGUGGGCGAGUCAGAUGCAGACGAAGGAGACAAAGGAGUGGUUGUGGAUUGAUCCCAAGCCUGGUUGUGUGUUGGUGAACGUCGCCAAUUAUCUGCAACGUGAAAGCGGCGACCGCCUGCACUCGCCAGUCCAUAAAGUGAGCCAGCCAGUUGAUGGUGAGGAGGACCGAUACUUUGUGUCUUAUUUCUUGAGACCGAACCACUGAUUGAGGUAAUGUUGCU